UCUGUAACAUUCUGAACAGUGCAUCACUAAUAUUGAAGUAUAAAGUAUCAGACUUCAGAGUGUAACUCAUCCUGCUAUUCUUCCAGUUAUAAAUGAUUCCUCAAAUCAUUUUUUUUCUGUUACUUGUUUAGGAAUUUGGGCUUAUAAUGCUAAUAAAUGUGUCUCUCCUAUCUUAAAAACAGGUUUGAUUUUAAAUUUGUUUUUACAUUUCAGGGUUUUAAGCAUUUAAGCACAAGCAAAACCUCUUCUGGUUUCUUGCAGGUCUAAGCUGGUUAUUUAUCUUUAAGAAAAGUAUGAGUGCAUGUACUUAAAGCCAGAUCAAUUAUUUAAUGCUCAUGGGGUUUUCCAGCUCAGUUGUUUCACCAAAGUGUCAGCUUUGUCUCGGAUGUUUCUCUGAGAGGGAAAUAAUGCAUCAGGAGAAACAGACAAACACACAUAUAGUUGUACAGUAAUAAAGAGAUGAUCAGCCGUGUGCUUUAAGUACUUAAUUUGGACAACUUGAAUGUCAAUUUUCUCAAUAUUUAGAUUUUGUUUGUUUGAUUGCUCCCUCAGUUUCCAGAUUUUCACAUAGUUGUGUAUCCCAGCCAAUUUUGGCUUAUUUAUCCAGCUUUCAGAUUAUCUACACAUUUCAGUUUCAAAAAAAGUUACUCGUGACUGGUUUUAUGAUCCAUAUUGAUCUUAAGUUGUAAAUGGGCAUAUAAAUGGGACAUGUGGUUCAUAAGGAUUUUAAAACAUUUUCUAGAGUAUUGGAAUCGGAUAUAUAACGUUAGUUAUUAAAUAAAUAACUUAUUUUCUAGAAAAUUAAAUCCAGUCUAUAAAAUGCAGAUACACUGAUGUUUGAAUAGGGAUGCGGAUGCUUUCUGGCGAUUUCCCAGCUGAAAGCAAAGAAACACGACAGUGUAACGCUCACAUCUCUAAAAUGCCAGUUGAUGUUUUGGAAAAAUGAAAUGCACAUCAAACCAAAUCGAUACGCGAGCUGUAUUCCGUGCGUGCGCGUGCGUCAUCCUCAGUGUAGAACUGAGCGUCGUCAUUUGUUCAAGCGCGAGAGGGAAACACUUCACAUCUACAGCAUCUGCGAACAGAGGCUCAAAACAGCACAGCGUCGUGACAAUGUCUGUGUUCGGUGUUUGAGGCAUUAAAUAAUGUGUCACAUCCACAACUAGGACAUCACUAAAUCAGAUUGUGACUACUGGAUCUUUCAACUGUUAUUGGUUUCAUGGAUUCCCGACCUACUUUCCUUCACCCGCCUGAAAAUAAUGAGCCCAAGGUAUGCUGGGAAUCUGAGUCCCAGCACAGAAAGGGAAACCACUCUCCUGGAACCAGGACAAGACUUGUAAAGAAUCAUGGGAUUGAAGUACAAGCUAAAGAGAUGGAGGAGAGAUCCACCGGCCAUGUAAAAACACUAAAACACAAUGCAUUAGCCACCACUGCCAUUCCAGCCGCAGAACUGCUUCCUGCAUCCACAGCUGCAUCAAAAAUACCCACCAUGCACUCAGCGUCAACCAAGCAGGUCACUGCGGGAAUAACCAGUGUAAGUGCUAUGACUAAAACGGCAUCUAAAAAAACAACCAAAACAACAGUUGGAGUGGAGGUCUUAAGUUUAUCCGGCCAAACUGGACACAGUGGGACAAAAUCAAGAUCCCCAAAUGUGAGCCAUGAGAAGAAGCUACAAGCAAGUGCAAAAGCAUUUCCCAAUAACAUGCAAAAAACUGCCUCAGCAUCUCAUAUCAUGGGCUCCACAGACUUCCCCAAAAAGACGCUUCAAAAAACAUCGUCCACUUCCCAGAUUUCCUCAACCGACUCUCCCAAGAGUCUCAGCCGGACUCUCUCGCAUAUUCCCAGAGCAACGUCCAGCCCCAAACUUAAACCACCCCAUCCCGCAUCUCUCAAAGUGGAUAAAACCGAGCGGAAUAGAAGAGUCACGAGCAAAGAGGCACAGCUGUCGACUUCUCCAAAAGAUAAGAUGACUGACACGUUGGUGGAGAGCAACCUGCAACUGGGGACAAAAGCAGAAAUGCGGGAGAGUCCUCAGGAGCAAGAGAUAAAGAGCGGGAAUGAGAGAGAUAAUAAAGACACAGUCCUUCAGGGACACAGUCUUGGAGGAAGUGACGUCAUCUCGAACUUUAAAGGUUGCAAAGAAAUGUCUUCUCUGUCACUGUAUCGUGCCGAAAACCUGAAAGAGCCAGAAGACAAGACUGACGUAUAUGUCACGACCCAAGAGAGACACACAGGAAAGAGUCAGAGGCUCUGGGAGAAGAAGGGAAGGGAGGAAGCAGAGUGCGAGGAGAAGAGGAACACAGGAGAGAGAAAGGGGGAAGCUGAGGUUAAGAAUGUCAAAAUGGCGAUUGAGCUCAAGAAGGAUACUGUAAAUAAUGAAAAGAAUAAGAUUCCGACACCCAAGAACUUGAAGGAUGCAGUGACAAUGACAGUCGAAGGUUUCCCGGUGACCGAGACGAAGGAUGCAGCACUGCAGGCCGAUCUGAAACCGGUGUGUAUUGAUGUCGAGGUUCAGGCGGUUGUGGAGGUCUGCUCUAGAUCAACACUCACGAGCCCAGUCCACAACGUUCAACCUUGUCAGUUGAACCAUGAGAUUGACCUCAACUCUAAAGCUGGCCUGCACAAUGAGCUCAACCUUGACAGCAUCUUGGACUCUGAUUGGUUGCCGACUGUACCCUUACCGGACCCCAAACCAACAGAAGCCAAGCCUAGAUUUCUAGGUCCACCCCCUUACAAGUCUCCCAAUAGUCAGAAACCGCUUCAACACAUCUGUCAAAUAGAGAUUGAGCUUCGUAGCCAGUUUCCGCAACCUCUCGGUUCGGUCCCCCCCCAAGUAACCUCUGGGGACUCCUUGAAGCCACUCAAAUUUGGGGGAACAGCAGGGGUGGUUGGAGAAAAGGAGGAGAGCGGUGCACCUCAGGAGAUUGUCUGGGAUGAGCAGGGAAUGACGUGGGAAGUCUAUGGAGCGUCGCUGGAUAUGGAGUCCCUGGGAUUUGCCAUCCAGAACCACCUGCAGUGUAAGAUCCGUGAACAUGAGCGUCGCAUCGGCACGCUCCGGAAGUCUAUAUGCCUCUCCGAACAAUCGCCCGGAAAGGGCAGGAUAGGAAAGAAGAAGAGGAAUGUCUUUAGGUCGCUGUUUGGUGGAUCUAAGUGCUGCUCAAAACCACGACCCAAAGAGGAAGCCGAAAAGUGACUAAUUGUUAUGUAAAUGUAUUUUGUAGAUGUGCUACACUGGAGAACGUAUGGCAAAAAUUUCUAAAAAUAUGUAGCGUAUUUUUGCUUCAUAGAAGUGUUAGACCAGGAGUCACCAGACUCGCUCCUGGAUGGCCAGUGUCCUGCAGAGUUUAGCGCCAACCCCAAUCUAACACACCUGAACCAAUUAAUCAAGCGCUUAUUAUGCAUACUAGAAACAUCCAGGCAGGAGUGUUGAGGCAGGUUGGAUCUAAACUCUGCAAGACCAAGUUUGGUUACCCUUGUUUAAGACCAUGUCCAGGAUUUGAGGGUUCUGAAAUAAUUUCUUGCCCAUGGCCUUGUCCCAAAUGGCGAGCUUAAUGUGAAUUUACAGUCCAAUGACCUACACUUGUUCUUGACUAUGAAGUGCAUGAGACUAGAGUGUCCAACGUAGAGAGGUACCACGUUUGGCCAUACUGGUACAGACUACUACCCAACCGUCAACCUUUCAGGUUUUGGAACUCUGGAAUGUUCUUAAGUCUCUUACAAGAGUAGUUCACUCAAAAUUGAACUUUCUAUCAUCUCUUACUCAUGUUGUUCCAAUACUUGUGUGAAUUUUUUUUUCUGUUAUAAACCCCUUAAGAAGAAUGUUUUGAAAAACCAAAAACUUUGGACCCCACGGACUUCUACUGAAUUCUCAAAAUGACCCGGAGACAUUUCUUAAAAGAAAUUAAUAGAGUUUUGGACAUAUACAAUUGCAUUUAAGUGUGAACUAUCCCUUCCUGCCACAGAAAACACCAACUUGUAGACAUUAUUUUGGAUUAGCAUGUUCACACUGUUGAAAUGCAGAUUAGAAAUUGCAGUCGUUUCCCAACAUUUAAAAGUUGAACAUCCAACUCUUUGAAAUGUUGGUAUCCGUUGAGGACAUGUGAAAUAGCUUAGUUAAUGCAUUCACUUAAUCAUUAAGCGACGAGUGUAUUGUUCACUUUUAUGUAACUAUUGAAAGUUAGAUCACAUUUUUUCAUUUUUGUACAAUAUUCACUAUUAGUACUAACUUGUGUAAAACUGAAUUUUACAUUUUUACAAUUUGAAGUUUUGUAUCACUUUUCUUAAAAAAAGAAACUUGUUUGAGAACUAGUUUGACAACAGUUUCUGUAUUACACUGUUUUCAGGAAUCUUGUAGGUUUUGUCAAAACAGCUAAUGAGUUUCUAAAUGUGAGCACUGAUCAUGUUCAGUCACUUUGGUCACUCACUUGCACGCCUGAGAAACUUCAAGCACUGGUUGUUGUUUAAUGCUGGUAGAUUUUAAUCCCAAUUUGGUUGCUUUAUCACUGCAAAAAUGCUGUCAGUGUGAGCGUCCUUUAGAAAUACAUAAUGCUGAGCUGAUAAUCACUGUAGAGCACUUUAAUGGAUUAAAAUAAUGCUUGUGAUGUUCUAUAUGAUGUGAAUUUUGAAGUUUUUUUUCAAGUUGAAUUGUUAAAAAUCCUUGUGCACGAGUCUGGUUUUUGUUUUCUCAUUUGAUAGCCCCUUUAAUGAGUCUUUGCACGCUGUAUGAUUUUCAUGUUAUUUUUACCAUGGUAUCAGGACUUGACUGAAUGAGGUCUUUGUGUUUUUGUGAGAGCUCCAAGUGAUGGCUGCUGAAUAUUUUAUCCUUUUCAUGUGAGGGAGCAAGAUGUUGAUGUUGAGUUUACAGAAGCAAGCUUGGUCUAAAUUUAGGUAUCUUUGUUCUAAAUGAUGUCUGAAGUGAGUCCUGCUGUAAAUUUUUUACUCGGGAGCAGUGGUGCAGCACAUAAAGCUACCAUGUUCUGUGUUAGUUUGACAUUAUGGACCCUAUGGAGCAUCUGCCCUAUAUACUACAGUGAGAUGAACUGUGCAGCAAAUGAUGGUGUGAUGGCGCUCUCUCUGCUCUCUGUACAGUAUUUG